GGGGUUGCUGCGAAGACACAUACACGACCAGCAAAGGAGAGGUGGCGAUGCGCAGCAAAUUAAAAUAUUUUUGGAAUCGGAAGGUGGGGAACAACAGUGGUGCUCGAGGUGUUUGCGGCGAGCGACGGCGGAGCUGCGAGUGUUGAUUUUUCUUCUACUCUCCAAAUACAAGAACACAUGCGGUAAAAUGUAGGGGGCGUCCAUUUAUAAUUGCAAGCCAGUGGGGGCUUGUAUGAGACGAACGGGACGUGAGUUAACUUGCGGGCCUCACUCUCCUCUCCCUACAUUUAAAAAGGCAUAGCUGCUCUGCGCUCGCUCUAGCUACUUCCUCGCGUUCGGUCACCCUAGGCUGUUUCGACUACAUUUCUGGCUGUUCAAUCUCUUGUUGAAUCAAAUUCAAGAAGCAAGAAUUCAAGUAAAGAAGGGAUCGGGAUGCAGGGACUGAGACCAGCGUGGGCAGUAAAGGCGAUCAUGGUGAUCAUCAUCGCAUCAAUUUUUUUCCGUUGCGUCUCCGCUGCUAACCACACCGUCGGUGGAUCAACCGGCUGGGAUCUUACCUCCAACAUCCCUGCCUGGGCUGCUUCCUCUACCUUCCACGCCGGUGACUAUCUAGUGUUCAGGUACGUGCCAAUCCACGACGUGCUUGAGGUGGACCAACUGGACUACGCAACGUGUCGGACAGUGGACCCAAUCUCCGCAUACGACGACGGCGAGACGGUGGUGGAACUGAGCGAAGUCGGCACCCGGUUCUUCAUCUGCGGGAGACGACGUCACUGCGCAAUGGGACUCCGGCUUCGCGUGCAAGUCCUACCUUCGCUUGCACAAGCACCCAACGCAAAUGCCACCACCGGCAACGGAACCCGAAGCUCCAACGGCACUGCCCCCCAGGGCGGCGUCGGCAACGGAAGCAGGAUUUCACCCCCUUCUCCGUCAACAAGGAGUCCAUCCCAACCGGCUGCCUCACCGCGGGGUUCACUUGCGCCACCUUCUCAGCAGGAUGAUGGUGACAAUGACGAUGGUGGUUGUGAUCGUGAUCGAUCAGGGGGUUCGUGUAAUGGAGCGCAUUCCUCCACCGCCGAGGUUGGCUGCUUGUGGGUGCUGGUUGUCUGGCUUAGUCUGACGCACUUGGGUGCAGUGCUAGAUUGCGGCUCCCGUAAUAAUAACGUCUUGAUUUUCUGAUCAAUAAUUCCCUGAUUUCGCAUUUCGUGAUUUGGCAAUCUUCUUUGUACGUGUGUGUAGCAACCAGUACAAUUCGGUAGCCACUCAAAUAUUAGGGACCGGCAGGGUUCUAUUGAGAUUUGAACGAUGGUAUUCUCUGUGUAUGUACCUUGUAUGACGUGAAUUGGGAUUAAUUUUGUGCUUGUUUGUCGGGGU